AUCCCCACCAGCUUCAACUACACGGGCUGCUCGCCGGUCGCCACGCCCCCCUCGCCCCCGCAGCCCAUGGACGACGUGUGGCCGUGGCUAGCCUCCGUGGCGCCGCUUCCCCCCGCGGCGGCGCCCGACGCGCCGCCGCGGCCCUGGUCGCUCCCGCUGGCCGCCUCGCCCGACGGCGCCUCCAUCGUCCUGCAGGUGGACGCUGCCGCCGCCGCCCCCUCACCUUCCGCGGCCGGCCGCGAGCCCGCGCCGCUCGUCGCGUUCUCCCUCGCCGUCAGCGUCGCCGGCGGCGAGGCGCGCGCGCUGUGGACGUCCGACGCCUUCGCGGCGGCGGCGUCGUCGGUCCCGCUGCGGCUGCGGCUGUUGGCCCAGCUGCUCAACGAGGUGCUCGCGCUCUCGCCGUACGUCCCCUGCCUGGGUGGCCUCGGGGACGCGUCGCCCGAGCCCUGGGUGGACGCGGACGUCGUCUCCGCCGCCUUCGGGGCCGGCGGCGCCGACGCCUCGUCCGCGCCCGCCGGGGCCUUCUUCUCGCUGGCCCUCCUGCUGCGCCUCUUCUGGCUGUGCGCACUCGACGCCCCCGCGGACGCCGGCUACCUCUUCUUCCGGGACCUCGGCGCCGGGAUCGAUCGCGCGCUCGGCGAGUGCGCGCCGGCGCUCGGCGCGUUCCUGCGCGCCGUCGGACCGGACGUCGAGGAGCGGUUCAUGCGCUCGCUCGGGUACAUGCUCUCCAAGUGGUGCCUGCUGCGGGAGAUGCAGGCCGCCGGGGCGGCAGCGGCCAAGCUGGCGCCGCCGCAGGAGGUGCCGCGCCGCCGCCGCGCGCUCCCCGCUGCGUGCCUGUCGUACGCCGCCGAGGUGCACGGGCUCUGGGUCCUCAGAGGCUACGCGCCCGUGCUCGCGAUGCCGCGCGUCACGGGCCCCGCGUCCGCGUCCAUCGCGGCGUCGCCGCACGAGGCGCCCGAGGAGCCGGCGCUGCGCUACGGCCUGGUGCACCAGCAGCUGGAGGCCGUGGCGCAGCUGGAGCACGAGGUGCGGGUGCGCGACGGGAGGUUCCUCACCGUCUCCGUGCGCGUCGACAACGUCCGGGUGCGCGUCGCGCGGCUCGCGUUCCGGAAGGACGACGCGGGCGGCGCCGACGACGCUGACGACGCCGACGUCAUGGACGGCGAGCGCCAUUUCCCGUCUCGCAUCCGGAUCUGGGUGGGCCCGCGGUUCGGCGCGUCCUACACCACCGGCCCGAGCCUCGGCCGCUCCACGGGGAACCCGGAACGCGACGUCGAGAUGACGCGCACGGUCAAGGGCGCCUUCUCCGGCCCUAGCCCUACCAAACUCGCCAACGGGAAUGCUAACGGCGGUGUCGCGCCGCCGAGAGUGAAGGCCAAGAUGCGCUCGUCGGCACGGACGCGCAGCCGGAGCUGGCGGUGGGAGCAGGAAGCCGAGGGCAGCGCCGGCGUGUUCGAGGGCGUGCUGUGCGACACGGUCACCGGGACGGAGGUGUCGGCGUGGCGCCCGGGCGUCGGCGGCGCCGGGGCAGGCGACCCGCGGAACGGCAUGCGGCGGCGGUACGGCGGGCCCGGGCGGGCGUUCAGCAAGAUGCGGGGGCUGGUGGUGGCCGGCGACGAGCUGCCGGAGGAGAUGACGUGGAGGGUGGGGAGGGAGGAGGAAGGCAGGACGCUGCGCUGGCGCCUCGGGCUCAGGGUGUGGGUGAGCUACCUGCCCAACGAGGUGAGGAGCCACCACUUCGAGACCAGGUGCAUCGAGUGGGCGCAUGAGGUGGAGCUGCCGCUCGUCGCCAUUAAUGGCGACGAGAGUUUUUGAGGAUUAUGGCGGCGAGAGUUGAGGAUUGAUCCAACUUUCAAGUCUCCAACUACUAGCAACGUAAUAGAAGCACUGCACAGUGCUCCUAGAUUAGAUACAUACUGUAACAAUGGCAUGUGUAGUCGUGUAGAGUUACAGAACAAUUGGUAUACACACGAUCAAUUCCUUGGCCUCACCAUUGUCUGCCAUAUACUACUGUGACAGUUGAUUUCAUGGCGAAUCUAGAAACGUCGAUGUCAAUUUUAUGAA